AUGUCGGCGGAAAGCACUGUGCUUUUCAGCAAACAGUGCUUCGGGUAUCAGAACUUGACAUUCGACGUUGACCGGCUCGAAAAGGAGCUCAAGCAACAGGAGGAGGAGCAGCAAAAGCGCCAGCGCAAGGAGGCACAGCGGCGUCAGCAAGAGGAAGAGGAGCGGCAGCGGAAGUGGCAUGAGCAGGAGGAGCAGUGGAAGAAGCAGGCGGAGGAGCUGAGAAGAGAGAAGGAGAAGCAGGAGGAGCAGGAAUACCUGCGACAGAAGCUCCAGGAGGAGCAAAGGCGCUGUAGAGAACAAGAGCAGCAGCGGCAGAAAGCGGAGAAGCAGCGCCAACAGGAGCAGCAGAGGCAGCAGCAACAGCAGCAGCAGCAGCAGCGCGGGCGCGAGCAGCAGCGAAAGGACCAGAAGCAGGAGAAGGCUGAUGGCGAGAGGAGCCGCGGCGGCUUCUUUGGCAGGUGGCGUGCGAAGUCGGAGCCGGCAAAGGAGCAGAAGAGAAGAGAUGGACCGCAGGCUUCCGCUCCCAAGGGGAGCCAGUGGACAAGAUGGCCAGGAGCAGACAUGCCCCGAGCAGCCAGCACGGAAGACAAAGCCAGAAGUGCGAAAGAGACGGAAGAAAGAGCUGCGCGCGAGAAGAUGCAGAAGGUCACUGGCUGUGGAGAAGUUCUGGGCGCGGUCGCCGAGGUGCAGCUGCGCGGCAGGCGCCUUGCCUUCGUCUUCCUCCAUGGCAGCGGCUCUGAACGUGUGCGGGUCGUCUUCGACCGACGGCUCUUUGACAGCAGCUCCAGCGAGCUGCCUUUCCCGUCGAAGAGUCUCCAUGCUGACACGGUUCGUGUUGAGGUCCAGCAGACGGAGGGCGGCAAAGAUCUCUUCGGCCUCAGAUGGUUCCGUCUCCUUCAAGAGGUUCCGGCUGGAUCGACUCCUGGGAUCCCAGAACGCCCGAAAAGCUCAAGCUCGAGCUGGGUCUGCUGCCCACUUUGUCCGGCGACGUCCAUGCGGCGAUUUAGCCUGGAUCGAGGGCUGCAUGCACACCUCGAUGCAGUGCAUCGCGAAGGAGAGGAGCCCGAGGAGGCCUGGCAUCGGAAGAUAGCGGCUAUGGCCGAGGCACGCGGCAUUUUCGCUCAUCGCAGCGCCGAGGGCCUUGGCGGAGCCAGGCGCAGUGCUUUCAUCAACAGCCGCACAACAACAGACGACCGGAGGCUUCCACCAGCACUUGAGGCUGCGAGGACAGGCGAUGUCACCACCCUGGAGGGCCUUCUUCGCGAAGGCUGGCAACCCUUUCGAGCAGCUUCCUUGGACAAGCACGGCGCCAGUGCUCUGGACUGGGCUGCCGGGAAUGGGCACAUGGAGUGCGUAGAUCUGAUUCUGAAUGUGGACCCUGGCUAUGCCCUGAAGGCCACGCGUCGAGAUGGCCGGGGACCCUUUCACUGGGCUGCUCAGGGUGGGCACAACUCCGUUCUCCGGCGACUUUUGCAGUGCAAGGUGCACCCUGAUGCUCGCACCACAGCAGGAGUCACCAUGAUGAUGUUUGCAAGUUAUGGCGGCCACAUGGAGACGUGUGACUUCUUGCUAAGUCAAAGAGCAGAUCUGUGGUUGCAGAAUGCGUAUGGCUGCGACGCAGGACACUUUGCAGCCAUGGGUGGUGGCGUGGCCAUUUGCCAAUGGUUGCUUCAGCAAGGCAUGUGCUUCUCCCGACCCCAGCGCUCUGGCCAUACGGCUCUGGACAAAGCAGUGGAAUUCCGGCAAGAGGAUGUCAUAAAGUAUCUCGCACAUGUGACCGGCGCCGGGGCGGAGGAGUCGAGGAGGUAG